AUGCGCGAAUACGUUCGUGAAAGCCGCGUCGAGAGUGGCCGCAACGCGCAAGCCCGCGCCGUGCGCGGCAUCUAUAGACGAAACAAUCUUGGGCAGCGCCGACUCGAGGUAUCCGGCGUGCUCCGAGUCAAGCGGGGCGGGCUCUCGCAUGAGCCCACGCACGGCUUCGGCAAGCUCGAUGACCUGAACGUCUGA